CUUCAUCAUCAUCCCAUCAACUUUGUUAGUAAACCAAACAAAAUGACAAAGAAAGCUGAGCUAGUGUUGAUCCCUUCAUCGGGCGUCGGCCACGUUGUAACGAUGGUGGAGAUGGCAAAGCUCCUAGUCCACUGCGAUCACUGCCUCUCCAUCACUGUCCUCUCAUGCAGCUCCCCUUCGACACCAAAGUCCCCGUCUACCUUCACUCACUUUCUCUCUCUCCACUCAACCCGAACAUCAAAAUCAUUUAACUCCCAGAACUCAAAUCUUUCCCCUUCAAAAUCAUCUUCUCGCAUAAGCUUCAUGGAUUUGUUCGCCAAAAGCCAUAAACCCCUCUUCAAAGCAGUCACUAAGCUAAUUCAGACCGAGUCAGCCUCCGGUGACUCCCCUCGACUCGCCGGGUUCGUUCUCGACAUGUUCUGUACUAACAUGAUUGAAGUUGCGAAUGAUUUUGGAGUUCCUAGCUACAUUUUCUCCACCUCGAACCAGCCCAUCACUAAGUUGGAAGACUCGGCCACUGAGUUGAUUGUCCCGAAUCUCGUUAAGCCAUUUCCUCUCAGGAAUUUCCCUGUCGUGUUGAUGGAGAAAGAGUGGACUACUGUUAUGUUUCAACAAGCAAAGGGCAUUAUUGUAAAUACAUUCACGGUGCUGGAAUCCUAUGCGGCCAAGUCUUUCUCUGAUUGUAAGUUGACCAACACCCCACCUGUGUAUACACCGGGACCAGUGGCGGAUCCAGGAUUUCUGUGGAGGGCGGGCCUCCGCAACUCCAGGGUGAUAAUUGAUAAGAUUGAUCGAGGAUCAGGUGGGUCCGUCUCAAUAACAGAGAUCAAGGAGUGGCUUGAUGAUCAACCGCCAGCAUCAGUUGUGUUUCUUUGCCCCAAGAGCACGGGGAGCUUCGGUGAGGAUCAGGUGAAAGAAAUCGCUUGCGCGCUUGAAAAUAGAAGGCAUCGGUUUUUGUGGUCCCUCCGUCAACCUCCACCAAAGGGUCAAAAACAGGCUGUUCCUUCGUCACGUGACUCGGCUAUGGGUUUCCCAGGUUCUGACUUUUGCAUGUUGACUUGGCCCUACGUCAGCCUUGUUUUCUUUAGGCAUAACAGUAACACUACUUAUUAUGCAAAUCUGAUGGACGUGCUACCUGAAGGGUUCAUAGAUCGUAUGACUAAGAUUGUGAAAGUAAUCGGAUGGGCCCCACAAAAUUCGAUCCUAGCCCACAAGGCGAUCGGAGGGUUCGUAUCACAUUGUGGGUGGAAUUCAGUGUUGGAAAGUGUAUGGUUUGGCGUUCCAAUUCCGGCGUGGCCAAUGUACGCUGAGCAACAAUUCAAUGCCUUUGAGAUGGUGAUGGAGUUGGAAUCAUCUGCAAAAGAAGGAAUCAAGAAAUUAAUGGAAGGUGAUAGUGAGAUACGGAAACGGAUGGCGGAGAUGAGUGCAAAGAGUAGAGAGGCUGUGAUGGAAGGGUGGAUCUUCCUUCUCUUCGUUUGGUUGCUAAUUGCUUCAUUGGCAGCAUGGUCAUGGAUCAGGAAAUUGAUGGAGAAUGAUAGGAAUAAAUUGAAUGAGAUGAGCGAAAAGAGUGGAAAAGCCAUGAUGGAAGGUGGAUCCUCAUUCACUUCACUGGGUUGCUUCAUCGAUAAUGUGAUGAGCAAUUUAUCUCAAAAUUAUGAGAAAAACUAUUCAUGUACAAGAUUUGACAUUGGUAUACUUUGA